GGCACCUUUGGGAGGGGCUGGGAGCAAUGUGAGCACUGACCGCAGGUCCAGGGGCCGCAUGGAGGGCACCGAGGGGUGGGGAAGGGGCGGCAGGUUUUGCCCUCCCCAGGGACGCUCGGGGGGCACUGGCUGCUCAGGGCUCCAGGAACGCUCUGAGGAGUGAGACAGGGAGCGGGGGGCAGCAGGAGUGGGCGGCAGUGGGGGUUAGUAAAGAGGUAGAAGCAGGAGGCACUAGAAACAAAAUAGACAGCAUGACAGUAGCUGUUUCUCCUUCCCUCCUGCAGUGAGGAAGCAGAGAUCCCGGCUUCAGCCCAGGAAGCCAUCAGGGAAGUUCACACAGUCUCCAGUGGGCUUCAUGCUGUGGCCCCCCAGACGCAGCAGGCCGGUGGAGACCACCAGAAGCUCUCUGAUCUCCUGGGGAAGCCAAGACAUCCGGGCUGUCUGCACAAGCCGCCAGCCGCAGGUGCCAUCACCCAGAGGGAAGCAGCAGCCAUGGACGAAGCGACGGAGCUGGAGCUGGGGGGCAACUCCCUCCUGAAGGCCGUGUGGCUCGGGCGGCUCCGGCUGACCCGGCUGCUGCUGGAAGGGGGGGCUUACAUCAACGAGAGCAACGAGAAGGGGGAGACCGCGCUGAUGGUGGCCUGCAUCACCACACACGUCGACCAGCAGAGCAUCCACAAGGCCAAGAUGGUGAAAUACCUGCUGGACAACAGAGCCGACCCCAACAUCCAGGACAAGUCUGGGAAAACCGCCCUCAUGCACGCCUGUAUCCGAGGGGCUGGGGGGGAUGUGGUGUCCCUGCUGCUGGAGAGUGGGGCAGACCCCAGCCUGGAGGACCACUCAGGAGCCUCGGCGCUGGUCCACGCCAUCAAUGCCGAGGACAACGCUGUGCUGCAGCACCUCCUGAAUGCCUGCAGAGCCAAGGGGAAGGAGGUGAUCAUCAUCACCGUGGACACAUCAGCCUCCGGCACCAAGACCGCCAAGCAGUACCUGAACGUCGCCCCUGCGCUGGAGUUCAAGGAGAGGGCUCCCCUCGAGGAGGGCACAGCCCCCUCUGGUGAUCACCUGAAAACUCCCAUCUCGGCACCUUCCCCUGCCGGGAAGGAGAGCAGCAUUCCCACCGCACACCCUUCACACACCGGGGAUGCUGAGCCACCCUCCCCGGGCCAGAGAGCUGGCACUGCUCGGAGAGCCCACCUGCCCCGGCUGAAGCGCCUGCGGUCAGAGCCAUGGGGUCUGGUGGCCCCCUCGGUGCUGGCGGCCUCUGGUCACCGCGAUGACACGCGGCUCUGCGCUGACAGCGAGGUCAUCGCGGGCAUCGGCGACCUCUCGCUCUCCAAAAAGCCCUCCCUCAGCCGGAGCAGCAGCAGCAAGGGAAGGGACCCCUCUCUCUUCCCCCCAGUGGAUGAGCAGGCACUGGGGCCACUGGCACGGAAAGGCAGCCACGAGAAGAGCCCGAGCACGCACCCAUGCCUUUCCCGGAGCAUCACAGUCCCGGAGGAGCCGGAGAGCUCCAGCUCGGCCGCCAGCUCGGCUGCGGGGAUGGAGCCGCCGCACCGGUGGAGGCCAGGAACUGAACACAGCGGGGACUCCCAGGUCACCGAGGCAGGGAAGGGGCCACCAGAGAGGAGGAAGUUGAGCGGUUCCCACCUGGCCUUGCUGGAUGGUUCCUGUGACUCUCCCUCCGGCAGCACCAGCACAUCGCCCAGCAGCGGCCGGCGCCGGCCACCCGGCUUGCUGGAGAGGCGAGGAUCCGGGACCCUGCUGCUGGACCACAUCUCCCACACAAGGCCAGGAUAUCUGCCCCCCCUGAACGUGAACCCCAACCCUCCGAUUCCUGACAUUGGCUCCAGCAAAGCCCCGCUGGCUGCUGGGCUGAAGCCGCUGGUGCCGCUGGCCCCCGGCUCACCCAGGCGGGGUGACCUGAGAGCCCACAGGAAGCUCCUCCGCAGACAUUCCAUGCAGGCAGAGCAGAUGAGGCACCUCUCCGAUUUUGAGGAGCUCGUGGCGCAGUAGCCGUGUCACUGUCGGUUCACAGGGAGGGGACCGAAGCCGUGCUGUCCCUGCAGAACCGGCCCGGUUCCCACAUUGAGUGGCCACUGGCUCCGGGGACAGGCUGGUGGCCAGCGGGUUUAGCACGGAGCCCAGGGGCUGAAUCGGGGGCGGGCUGACCGGCAGAUCGAUCCCCCACUGUCCUAGAUCGCCAAGCUCCGUGCCAAGGAUCCCACCCGCAGCUCGCUUAUUCCUCACUGGUUGCGACCCGCUUUUCUUACACCCUGCUCGUUCUCUCACCGAAUCCCCUCCGGGAGCCCCCGGCGGUGAUCUCUGGGGCCGAGGCGUUCAUGAAGUGCCUUCCGGGGGGGAAGGGGCUCGGUGGGAUCCAGCGGGGGCUGGAGGAGCGGGAGCACCCCUCCAGCCACGGGCCGUGUCGGUGCUCUCCCGGAGAGGGAGAGGGAGACAAUCCUCCACCUCCGAGAUUCGCGGAGUGAGGCUGAGCUCUCCCGGCUCCCUGCAGCCUCGCCGGCGGUGGGCCGGGAUGGGCUUGUCUCUCUCUGAAGCGUCUGAACUUCAGGGGGUUCAUUCCCCAGCACGCCGAGGAGCUCUGAGUUCAGGAAGCGCUGGAUCCCCGAGCAGGAUGGCCCCAGCCCGGCUGGGAAAGCCUCGGCCAGCGGCGAGGAACCCGGGAUGCCGAGUCACCGAGGGGACUGAGCCCGGGGCUCCAUCCAGCCGGGAAAGUGGCAGGCACCGCUCCAGAGCCGAGACCCCGCAGGCCCCGCAGCCCCCGGCCCCGGUGUGCCGCGGGCCGUGCCUGCCGAUCCCGUGGCUUCAUGAACGCGUUCAUUCACGAGGCUGCGUGUGCGGGGGCUGGCGCUGGGGCGACGGAGACUUUUGCACUGGUUUUGCCCCGCAUUAAUAAAGCGCUCAGCUUUGGACGGAGGCUGAUCUCGCGUGGAGCCGACCCCAGCCGCCCGGCCAGGGGGUCCCCGGGAGUGCCGAGGGGAUCCCCGGGGCUCCCGGAGCGCUCGCCCGGAGAUGCCGGGGGGCUCC